GGCUUGAGUGUAAAUGGAAGUUCAGACUGAACUUCAGGAAAAGUUUCCUGACUGUACAAAGUUUGUCAAUGAGAUGUCAUCUAUCAGAGAUGUAUAAUGGAUCCUGCAUUGAGCAAGGAACUGAAUACAGUAUAAACAUCAUGUUCUUAUCCAAAACUGGGAAUCAAACGUCUGUUACAGAAUUCAUAUUACUGGGAAUUUUAAAUAUUACACAUGGAAGGAACUUCUUUGCCAUCCUUUUUCUUAUUAUGUAUAUUAUCUGUAUUUCAGGGAAUUCAUUCAUAAUUACUGUAACUAUGUUAAAUCAAUCUCUCCACACACCCAUGUACUUUUUCCUUGGCAAUCUUUCUUUUUUGGAUAUUUGUUAUAUCUCUGUGACUGUACCAAAAAUGUUUGCAAGUCUUUGGCUGCAAUGUCCCAUCAUUUCUUUGGCAGAUUGUGUAGCGCAGCUUUAUUUCCUUAUUGCUUUAAUGGGCACUGAAGGAUUCCUACUUGCCUUCAUGGCUCUUGACCGCUACUUUGCUAUAUGCCGCCCUUUGGUCUAUACUAGGCUUAUGAAUAAAUACACCUGUCUCCAGUUAGCUACCAUAUCUUGGGUUUGUGGUUUUCUAAAUUCUUCUCUCCAUACAGCACUCACAUUCCAUUUGUCUUUCUGCCAGUCUAAUAGGAUUAGUCACUUUUUCUGUGACAUCCCUCCUUUAUUGAGUAUCUCAUGCUCUGAUGUAUUAUUUAAUAAACUUGCCAUUUUCACAAUAGGCAUAUUUAUAGGUCUUACUCCUUUCUUUUUUACAUUGGUCUCUUAUGUGUUCAUCCUUCAUGCUAUUAUGAGCAAUGAUCACAAAGGGCGGCAUCACAAAGCCAUUUCUACUUGUGUAUCUCACAUUCUAGUUGUGAUUCUGUUUUAUGGUUCUGCUAUCUUCACAUAUUUCAAUCCCACAUCUACCAAUUCAUAUCAGAUUGUAGGAGUUUUAUAUAAUAUUUUGACCCCCACACUCAAUCCCAUAAUCUACAGUUUACGGAACAAGGAAGUGAAACUGGCUCUGAAGAAAUUGAUGCACCUGAGGAAACUGGUCCAUGGCAGUUAGGAUCCAAUUCAAUUAAUUUAAAUCAGGUUUAUUCAACUGGUACAGUAUAGGGAAGAAGAUGAACAAAAUAAGUUUUGUACAAAAUAUGUGAUCCACCAACACGUGGCAAAUGAGAUGAGUUAUGCUGCAAGUCCUCUUUCUUUCAGUUAUGUAUUCAUCCAAAGCGUUUAAUUGUUUUUCAGAUAAAAUCUUCUGUUUUAUGACAUACUGCUGAUAGCUUCCAAAAGAAAGUUAUAUCUGAUUUAAUUCAUUCAAUAGUUCCUAAAUUGUAUAAAUGCUAGGAAGAAUGGUUGUGUUUGAGAAGCAUGGUGAAUCUUUCCAUUUUUUUUUUUUUUUUUUUUUUUGGCAUUUGUCCUCAUUAUUUGAUUAUCCAAAAUUGUAAUUUAGGGAACAAAUUGAUUGCAUACAUCUUCUUAAAUGUCCAUAUUAUAUUGUUUGAUAUUACUGUCAUUAAUUAAUUUUAAUGUAUCAGCCAUUUUGUUUUCUUUUGUUCUGUUUGAAGAAAAUGUAUUUCAAAAUCUAAUAAGCAAAGAUAUUGAAGACUUGCUAUUUUAAUAUUGUUUGUGAUACUCCUCUCUUGCAACUAUAUAAUAAAAUCAACUCAAAGAAAAUUUAUGAAGAGAUGUAACACACAACACAAUGAAUUGAGGAUAAAAGCUUAUAUUUGAAAAUAUAACAUAGAAAGCUCUUAUUGUAUUUGUUUCAAGCCAUUUU